AUGGUCUCCCACGGACGUUACACUACCGAGAAGGUGACCUAUCCAUCUCACGGAGAGACCAUCACCGGCAUCCUGUAUAAGCCUAAAGAUAUCGCCAACCCGCCUGGUAUCGUCGUUCUCGGUCCAUAUUCGUUUGUCAAGGAGCAAGCCCCAUUGCAGUAUGCUACGCGACUUGCCGACGAAGGCUAUGCCGCCUUGAUCUUUGACCCACGCACGGUCGGGGAGAGUACUGGUCAGCCACGGCGUCUGGAAAAUCCCAAGAUGAAGAACGAGGACGUCGUCUCCAGCCUUGACUACCUCGCCGGCAGAGGCGACGUGGAUGCCAAGAAAUUGUUCCUCGUCGGUGUCUGCCAAGGUGGUCCUGAGUGUCUGGAUGUUGCCUCAUACGAUGAUCGUGUUGUCGCUGUCGCUUCCGUGACGGGGUAUUUUCGCGACCAUGAGACGGACGUCUAUAUGAUCUGCGCUGGCUGUGUGAACAUCGAGCCUGGUAUGGACGUUGGAUCAAUGAAAAUGCCUUCACCCGAGCAAGGGGAAGCACUGUAUCAGGCACGCAUCGCGCGAGCCAAAAAGGCCAAGGAACUGUACGAAAAAACAGGGGAGGUCACCUACCAGCCUCUUGUCGACCCCAAAGCCGCAGACCCAGACGUCGGUUCACUCGCUGGUCUUCCGGGGCCGGUCCCGUGGGCUUGGUACGGCCCUUGGACUCUGAAGGGGUUUGAGAACCGAUACGCAGUCAUGAGUGAUCUCGAUCACUUUGGCUAUUCGACUGUAGCUGGGGUGGCAAAGCUCAACAAGCCGGCUCUGGUGAUUCAUGGAGACAACUGCAUGAACGCGCCCGCAGCGAAGAGACAUUUUGAGUCAAUCCCGACGAAGAACAAGAAAUUGAUUUGGGAUAACGAUGCGUCGCAUUUCCAGCAUUACGACCAGCCGGAUAUUGUAGAUGGCAAUGUUGGUGAGAUUGCGGCUUGGUUUGGGCAGAGCGGCAAAUGA